CUAUACUAAAUGUGGAUGACUCCAUAGUAGAUCUGGAAACACUGGAAGCACUGUAUGAGAAUAGAGCGCAAAAGGAUGAACUGCAGAAAAUAAAGCAGUAUUAUGAGACUUCAAAGGAAGAGGAACUGAAGCUCUUGGACAAACCAGAACAGUUUUUGUAUGAGUUAUCCCAGAUCCCCAAUUUUGUAGAACGUGCCCAAUGUAUAAUCUUCCAAUCUGUUUUCUCUGAGGGGAUAACCUCAGUGCAUCGUAAAGUGGCUGUUAUUACUCGUGCUUCUAAGGAUUUGCUGGACAUGAGAAGUGUGAAGGAAAUUUUAGGCUUGAUUUUGGCUUUUGGAAAUUAUAUGAAUGGGGGGAACAGGACACGAGGUCAAGCAGAUGGAUUUGGUUUGGAAAUUCUUCCCAAACUAAAGGAUGUCAAGAGCAGAGAUAACGGUAUUAAUCUUGUGGAUUAUGUUGUCAUAUAUUACCUACGACACUUCGACAAGGAUGCAGGAACAGACAAGAGUAUUUUUCCUCUACCAGAACCACAAGAUUUCUUCCAAGCUUCCCAAGUUAAGUUUGAAGACCUAAUAAAAGACUUAAGAAAACUGAAGAGAGAUCUAGAAGCCUGUGAAAAGCAAAUGAGAGUCGUUUGCAAAGAAUCUUCAGAACAGCAUCUCCAGCCCUUCAAGGAUAAAUUGGAAGAGUUUUUUCAGAAAGCUAAAGAAGAACAUAAGACAGAAGAGAGCUGUUUGGAAAAUGCACAAAAAAGCUUUGAAGAAACAGUGGGAUACUUUGGGAUAAAGCCAAAGUCUGGUGAGAAGGAGAUCACACCAAACUACGUUUUCACUGUGUGGUAUGAGUUCUGCAGUGACUUCAAGACCAUUUGGAAACGAGAGACUAAAAACAUUUCCAAAGAAAGACUGAAAGAGGCUCAGAAAUUCGUAAGCAAGUUAACUGAAGAGAAAAAGGUUGAAACAAAGAAAAUCAAUCCCAUGGCUAGUCUGAAAGAAAAACUACGUCAGAAGGAAGCCAGCGUGACCACUAACUGAAAGAAGACACAUGAAAAUAAUGACAGUGUGACUUAAUACCUUGCAUGAUGCUUUACUAUGCCCAUUCCCCAGGGAGCACCUUAUGUUAAUGUUAUGCAGUUCUGCUUUUCUCAUCUCUUUCUGAGACAGUCCACUAAAGACUUUCCAAUCCUUUAUAAAGAGUUUGCUGAUUUAGUAGAGAGAACACUAAGAAGCUGUUUACAGGGGAAUUAUGAAGGGUUUUAUAUAACUCUUCCUUACAUGGCUUAAAAUGCAAUUCUUUUCUAGAUGAUUAUUUGAAGUACUUAUGCAUUGUGCACUAAUGUGGAAAAGAUAAAAACAGGGUUUUGGAUGUUGAAUUAAGUAACAGCUAACAACCUGUAUAUUGCUUACUUUAGCUUCAUGUAAAUUACCACAGAGGUACAGUUCAACUCAUGAGAGGCUAUUCUAUCAUAAGCUUUUAGUCCUCAGGGCAACUGGGGGCAAUUUAGAUCCUAAAUCAUUUUUGAUAGUCUAAAUAAGUAUUAAAUUCAUUUUGUUAAAACUGAUGCAAGUUUAUUAUAAUUAAUGUAUUCUGUAUUUUAUUACAGUUAUUUUUAUAGAAAACUCAGUCUGUGCCAUAUGCAUUGAAAUAGGAAUAAUAUUUUGCACAUGUGGUGAGAGAAAUAGCUUCAGAUUCUGUUGUCUUAUAAUAUGUAGAUGAUAUAACUGGCAAAUUAUUUUUAUGGUUUUGACUUGAUGUUUUCUUAUGUGUUCUUCGUGUUGCCUGUUUCAAAAAGACAAAGGACAGAAGCAUUUUUUAUUUCAAAUUAUCAGUGCCGUAAGAUAAUUUAUUUGUCAUCAUUCAUCUAACUAUAGUGCAUAACACAUCUCCAUAGAGUCAUAUAUUUACUGCCAAAUGUCUGGCUUUAAAUUCUAUUGAAGCUCAUAUUCUUUAACAAUAAGCACCUCAUUAUAAAACAUAUUAUACAGCCUUCUCUUGUCUCCCCAUAUAUUUGUAUCUGUAUGUAUAAAACAAACAUGUACUCUAUUAUGUUAGAAUUUGAGGAAGAAGUAAGAGAAUCUUGCUAUCAUCUUGUCAUAAUAUAACCACUCUUUGCGAAGUGUCCUGCCGAGUGCCCUGAGCUCCACUGUUACUUUCAGGCACUCAUUACAUCACAGGAUCAGGUUCUUAGAAAGAGAGAUCCUUGCAGCAGACAAAGUUUCAAGGUAGAAUAAAAAUAGUGACUAUUAAAAAUAAAUAGAACUUUUAUUAUAGACAAACAAUAGACUGCAACUAAACAAGCAACUGGGUAGGGAUCUUAUAAAGAAAACUUUCCACAAUUACUAAAUUAUAAAAACCUUCUGAUUACUAGGGUCAUAUGACCAAUACAAAUGAAAUAACGAUACAGCAGAAAGUUUAGAAUCUAUAGUAAGGAAGGUAUUAAUCCCUUGACAUGGCAGUUGAAAAGAAUAUAAAUGAAAGAAAUAUAUUGGGUUAUCUACAUAGCAAAUGAGAUGCUGUAAGUAU